CUGGGGUGAGCGAGGGUAACUCCAAGAUCGGGCUCAAAGAUAACUUCGCACUGAUGUGUGACUCUCCUUGGGAUGGCAUGACAAGCCUAUCAUGCCAGUUGAACCCAUUGUAGAGAGAGGGGAGGCAAGACAAUUCAGGCAAAUCCCCGCGACGUUGUGUGAAAGCGGGCCGCAAUAAGCUGAUCCGGACAUUCAGUAAGGUUGCGUCCCGCCAGAUUAUAUCCUUGCUUUCCCACACAACCUCUCUCUCUCCCUGUCGCUAUUACGUUGACAACAUGAAGUGUGCAACGACUCGGACACCGACGCCUUCGACACUGCACUCGAGCGUGGAAUCCGGUUUGGCGAACAUGCUCUUGGGAAAGGACAGCCCUGAGAUCAAGUUCUACGCGUACACCCGCAAGGGGGUGGGGUACGUGCGCGGACUCGAGGCGCUCUAUGCGAAGAAGAAUUGGUUGAUGGGCCAUUCCGAUGAGCUGGAUCAGUACUUGGAGGGCGUAACAAGCCGAAGCGAUGUUGCUGGAUUCAAAGAAGCCAGGAUUGUGUCGCUCGAGGAUCACAUCCCCGACGAAGACGAGCGGAUGUACACGGGUUAUCACUACAUGGACGACAGCGACCUCGAGGACGACGAUGAGUCUGAUGUAUCGGACGAAGACGACAGGAUGAGCUUUACCUCUGCCACGGGCUCGGUCGACCACUCAGAAGCUUUGUUGCCGAUAACAAACAUCGACAAUGAAAAUCCACCGCAGGAGAGCUGUUCGGCGGGGGGUUCAUCGUCCACCCCAGUCGAGCCAGAACGGAGCAAGCGGAUGGGCCACGUCGUGAUCCUGAAAGGCCACGCGUUCCGAACCUGGCACGCGUUUCUGUUCUACCUGUACAUGGGCCAUAUCCGCUUUUCGGACGCAAAGUCUGCGGCAAAACGCGUGCGCGCUGCGCCCGCGUGUUCAGCGAAAUCGAUCUACCUGCUCGCUGAUCAGUUUGGCUUACCCGAGCUCAAGAGCCUCGCGUUCACGGCUAUCUGUGCACAGCUGUCUGUGAGAACGAUCGUCAAAAACGCGUUCUCGCAUUUCACCUCGUGGCACCCGGAGGUCCAGGACGUGCAGAUCGAGUUUCUUUUAGCGCAUCUUCGUGAAGUCACGGACGACAUGGACCGGAUGCUCAGAUCUCUCUAUGAGGCGCCGAGUGGGCACUCUGUUGCAGUUUCCCACAAGGUUUUCUGGAAAUUGGCCCUGGGAGCCCAAUUGAUCACCGCGCUUCCGAUUGCAGCUGGGGGAGUUUGUCUUGAGCCUCCCAUUUUGACCUGUCCUGUCGCUCCGACUCAUGAUGACACGGCUCUGCCACCGGAUACUUUGCCAAUCCCUUCUGCAAUUCCAGCUCUUUCUGACGUAGUGGCCUUCAGCGAGCAACAACCAUCGAUUCAAGAAGAGCAGCCGGAGCGCUCUGAUGUAUCCGGAUUCUUUUCCACUCAAGGCAAGAGGAAGAAGAAAGGAAAGUCAGUCAUAUGGGAUUGAUGGAAUGAUACCUGAAGAUGCAACGAUCCUGUUUUUUUUAAUUCGAUUCGGAAAUCAG